UGGGAUGUUUGUCUGCUUUGGGAUCCUCUGGAAGCAGCACUUGGUCAGCUGGGUGAGGAUCUGUGGUUGUAUCAUGAAGCUUGCYGCCCAACAGCAGGAGAAAAAGCACUUGUGAGGCAGAAGGGACGCGUCACUGCAAGAUGCAAUUCUCCCAACCAAAGUUGAGAAGAGGCAACAACACAGUCCACUGUGCCCUUCUGCGGGCAACAAAGGUCACAUCUGGGUCGUCUUGUGGAACCUUCCAAGAAAACAAGAAUAAUAGUAGGAAAAAUGCUAGAAAGCAACUUCACUAACCAGUUGGACUGAAACAGCAGCAGGUUCUCUGGAGCCAUGUGGCUAUGAUAUUGUGGAGAUUCCAUAAUGCCUCCUGCCGUGACGGACAGCCUUGACAUCUGGGCGGUGGAUUCRCAGAUUGGGGCCGAUGGCUCCAUAUCUGUGGACUUCCUGUUGCCCACUGGGAUCUACAUCAACCUCGAUGUCCCUCGAGAUGCCACCAUAUCUCAYAUUAAGCAGCUGUUAUGGAAGCAGGCGCACGCGUACCCGCUCUUCCACCUCCUUAUGGAGAUCGACUCCUACAUGUUCUCGUGUGUGAAUCAGACUGCUGUCCACGAAGAAUUAGAAGAUGAAACUCGGAGGCUUUGUGAUGUUCGACCCUUUCUUCCUGUCCUUAAACUAGUGACAAGGAACUGUGAUCCGGGAGAAAAGUUGGAUUCCAAAAUAGGUGUCCUUAUAGGCAAAGGUCUCCAUGAAUUYGAUGCCUUACAAGACCCUGAAGUGAACGACUUCCGAGCUAAAAUGCGACGAGUCAGUGAGGAGAAGAUCCAGUCGCUUGUGGGUCUCUCCUGGAUGGACUGGUUGAAGCACACGUACCCACCAGAGCAGGAGCCUGUGAUCCAGGAGAGCUUCCAAGAUAAACUCUACAGCGGGAAUCUCGUCGUUGCCAUUCAUUUUGAUAACUGCCAGGAUGUAUUUAGUUUUCAGGUGUCUCCUAACAUGAAUCCCAUCAAGCUGAAUGAGCUGGCAAUCCGAAAACGUUUGACUAUCCACGGAAAAGAAGACGAGGAAGUUGAUCCUGCUGAUUACGUGUUGCAAGUUAGUGGAAGGCUAGAAUACGUUUUUGGAGACCACCCAUUAAUUCAGUUUCAGUACAUCCGCAACUGUGUGAUGAAYAGGACUCUUCCUCAGCUGACCCUGGUCGAGUGUUGCACCAUAAAGAAAAUGUGCGAGCAGGAGAUGAUUGCGAUAGAAGCUGCUGCAAACCGAAAAUCAUCCAACCUUCCUCUUCCUCUGCCACCAAAAAAAACAAGAGCAACAACUAGCGUAUGGGAUAUUUGCAACCCUUUCAAGAUUGUUUUGUUAAAAGGUUAUAAACUAAACACAGAAGAAAAUGCCAAAGUUCAUGUUAGGGCUGGUCUUUUCCAUGGCACAGAGCUCCUCUGUAAGACUAUAGUAAGCACAGAAAUAUCUGGGAGAAGUGACCAUGUUUGGAAUGAAACACUGGAGUUUGAAAUAAAUGUCUGCGACCUCCCAAGGAUGGCACGGCUCUGCUUUGCAGUUUAUGCUGUCAUGGAUAAGGUGAAAACCAAGAAGUCAACCAAGGCCAUGAAUCCRCCCAAAUACCAGACUAUUAGGAAAGCAGGAAAAGUGCACUAUCCUGUAGCCUGGGUAAAUACCAUGGUAUUUGAUUAUAAAGGACAGUUGAAGAACGGGGAGCUCAUCCUGCACAGCUGGUCRUCAUUUCCUGAUGAACUUGAAGAAAUGUUAAAUCCAAUGGGAACAGUCCAGACUAACCCUUACACUGAAAACGCAACAGCUUUGCACAUUAGAUUUCAAGAAUAUUCCAAACAGCCUAUUAAUUAUCCUCCCUUUGAUAAGAUACUUGAAAAGGCAGCAGAGAUUGCAAAGAGCAGUGACAACGCUGCCAUGGCGGGUCGAGGUGGUAAGAAGUUUUAUGUCGUGCUGAAAGAAAUCAUGGAAAGAGAUCCCUUAUCGCAACUGUGUGAAAAUGAGAUGGACCUCAUUUGGACGCUGCGCUACGACUGUCGCGAAAGCUUUCCCCAAUCGCUGCCAAAACUGCUGCUCUCCCUCAAGUGGAACAAACUUGAAGAUGUUGCCCAGCUUCAGGCCCUGCUUCAGAUCUGGCCCAAGCUGCCGCCUAGAGAAGCUUUAGAACUGUUGGAUUUCAAUUACCCAGACCAAUAUGUGAGGGAAUACGCAGUGGGCUGUUUAAAACAAAUGAGUGAUGAGGAGCUCUCGCAGUAUCUCCUUCAACUUGUGCAAGUCCUGAAAUACGAACCUUUCCUGGAUUGUGCCCUCUCCAGAUUCCUGCUAGAGAGAGCGCUCGCUAACAGGAGAAUAGGGCAGAUGUUGUUUUGGCAUCUAAGGUCAGAGGUUCAUAUUCCUGCUGUUUCGGUGCAGUUUGGUUUAAUACUAGAGGCUUACUGCCGAGGAAGCGUCGCGCACAUGAAGGUGCUGGCCAAACAGGUGGAAGCCCUUAAUAAAAUGAAGACCUUAAAUAGUUUAAUUAAGCUGAAUGCCAUGAAACAAAGCAAAGCAAAAGGAAAAGAUGCAAUGCACACAUGUUUGAAACAAAAUGCUUACAGGGAAGCACUUUCUGACCUCCAGUCUCCUCUGAAUCCUUCUGUUAUACUUUCAGAACUACAUGUCGAAAAGUGUAAAUACAUGGAUUCUAAAAUGAAACCUCUGUGGAUAGUGUACAACAAUAAAAUGUUUGGGGGAGAUCUUGUAGGGAUCAUCUUCAAAAAUGGCGAUGAUCUCCGGCAGGAUAUGUUAACACUCCAAAUACUGCGCUUGAUGGAUGUACUUUGGAAAGAAGCUGGUCUGGAUCUCCGGAUAUUGCCCUAUGGUUGUUUAGCGACUGGAGAUCACUCUGGCCUUAUUGAGGCUGUUUCUAGUUCAGAAACCAUUGCUGACAUUCAGUUAAAUAGCAGCAAUGUUGCUGCUGCUGCUGCCUUCAACAAGGAUGCUCUCCUAAACUGGCUGAAGGAAUACAAUUUAGGAGAGGACUUGGAUCGAGCCAUUGAAGAAUUUACUCUGUCUUGCGCUGGCUACUGUGUAGCUACUUAUGUUCUGGGGAUCGGGGACAGACACAGUGACAAUAUCAUGGUCAGAAAAAAUGGUCAGCUCUUCCAUAUAGAUUUUGGGCAUAUUCUUGGCAAUUUCAAGUCCAAAUUUGGAAUUAAAAGGGAACGGGUACCUUUCAUCCUCACCUAUGAUUUCAUUCAUGUCAUYCAACAAGGAAAAACAGGGAACACCGAAAAAUUUGGUCGGUUCCGGCAGUAUUGUGAAGAUGCCUACCUGAUCCUGCGGAAACACGGGAACCUGUUCAUCACACUGUUUGCACUGAUGCUCACUGCAGGCCUUCCAGAGCUAACCUCCAUCAAGGACAUUCAGUAUCUCAAGGACUCUCUCGCCUUAGGGAAAAGUGAGGAAGAAGCACUAAAACAGUUUAAGCAGAAGUUUGAUGAAGCACUCCGGGAAAGUUGGACUACUAAAGUGAAUUGGAUGGCUCACACUGUUCGAAAAGAUUACAGAUCCUGAAGAAUUUGGGGGAUUGCACUAAUCUGAAUGUUACCUUGAUGAGUGUUUCUUUUUCUAAAGGGAUCUGUAGUCUGGACGAACGCAAUUUAUUUAAAAUAAGAAAGAGAACAAAACAGCAACAGCAAGAAAUGGCMUGAAAUAAUUCCUGAUUCUUUUGCACUCUGCUUGUGAAUGCUUGAUUCCAAGACGUUCCGUACAGAUAGUAAACAUCCUGGAUAAUCAGUUCCUGCUGACUUUGCACGCUGAGAGCUACUAGGCAUUUUUAAAAAUUCUUUGGUACUUUUAAGGAGGUGUAAAUAUUUGUUUUAUAUGUUAGGGUAAUAURCUCUAACACACUCAAGAGGUUUGAAGACCUUUCAAAGACUUAUUUUUUGUUUCAAAAUCAAGACUUGAAAGAAGAGUAAAAAUUUCAUAUCCUAAUCUAGCUAAUAAUGACCAUAUUGUGUGUAUUUUUCAUAUGAAUUCUGCCAUACUGGCACAGAUGCAUUAAUUCUACUGUAAAUAGCAACCACAGCAUCGUUGUACUACAGGGAGCUGCUUGAUGUCUUUCACUGCUGCCAAAAGAAGAGUAGAAGGUAAAACAGGAGCAAAGGGGAUGUCCUUGAAAAUGAUGCAGUGUCCAAGUGUUUGGGGUUGCCCGGUUUUGUUUCCCUGACACCAAACACAUGCCCUUUAGUUGGAGGGAAGUUAGGCCAAUUCCAGACAUGUCCAAAAAUUCCUGCAAGGAAAUGUUUUCCCCUUCAGCCUCKGGGGCUCUGUUGUCGGCUCCCAUAAGAGUCAGAUCUGUUGGAUGUUCAGCGAGGAGCUCCUUCAAGCCUGACAUGAAUGAGAAUUCCUGUCUCAGAUUAGUUGUGCCAUGCAGAUCUACUGAGUUAUGAGUAUGUGUGGGAAAUUUGACACAAAUAUUGUUGCACAUAGUGACUAUUAGAGCAYAUGUACCAAAAAUGGAAGUGUUGGGAAAGUGAGUGUUUAUAGUAGGAGAUCUAGCCAUAAGACACCAGUGAGAAGUCAUUAAACUUUUCUUUCUGUAUUUAUUAAAAUUUGCAGUAAUAUUAUUUUACGGAAAUAACUGUGUUUAAGGUGAUUGCUGAAGAAACUGGAUUUGUUUUAAUUUAUUUGGUGAGGUACCAGGCCUUUAGGUGCUUAAAUGGAGAGCAGAUUUGUUACGUGCAAUAGGAACUGCUGGUUAAAAGGUGUAACAUACUGUUUCUGAACAUCAGCAAAACAGACUUUAACUACUGCUUGUUCUCCAAAGAACACUGGUAGCUCUCAAUUCUYGUUGAUAUCUGAAAGAAAAUGGGAUAUAUAUAUAUUUACCUUUUGACUAAACUGUUGUUUUACAUAGAAAUUUUGUUUUAUGUA